AAAAUGAGAGUCAUCAGUGUUGCCCUGGUUUUGAUGGUCUGUGUGUGCAUGGGAGCUGCAGUUGUGCAAGUUAGGGUUGGAGACAGGAGCUUCCCCUUGGAGACGGUGAAGCAGCUGAAGGAGCUGAUGGAUGUAGACCAGAGCGUUAGCCCUCGCCUCGCUGAGACAAGCGUUGUAGCCGUUUGCGCCAACCCUCUCCUGCCGCAGAUCUUUCAUCCUGUGUGCCAAGGGAAGGGAGCAGGCAUCGUUUUCUCAGAACUAGGGUAUAUCAUGGCAUCCCUGGAUCCUUGUGAAAUAUGUGCCAACCCCUCCUGCUAUGGGUGUCUGAACUAA